UACUGCCAAUGGAUUGGAUCAUCUGGGUUUUGAGCUAGUACCUAGAGAUAAUACUACUACCAACCUCGUAAAACGAAACUCUGGAGAUAUUACAUUUUAUGAUGUAGGCCUUGGCGCAUGUGGUAAAACUAAUUCGAACAGUGAUAAGAUUUGUGCAUUGUCACGUGAUCUGUUCGGUUCUUCACCUGGUGGCAAUUCAAACAAGAAUAAAAACUGCGGUAGAAAACUUAAAAUAACUUGUGGUAAGAAAUCAGUCACAGUCACGGUUGUGGAUCUAUGUGAAGGAUGUUCUGCAGAAGAUGUUGAUUUAAGCCCGUCAGCAUUUAAUAAACUCGCCAAACCUUCG